AUGGGUAUUGUUGUUCUUUUGGUUUAUGUUGAUGAUAUUGUGAUCACUGGUUCCGAUUCUGCUUUACUUGGUCAGCUCAAAACUCAUCUCUCCGAGUCCUUUCAUAUGAAAGAUCUUGGGUCUCUCACAUAUUUUCUUGGUCUUGAGGUGCAUCAUAGUCCCUCUGGUAUUUCCCUCAAUCAACAUAAGUAUGUGAGUGACUUGGUGGCUAUAGCUGGUCUACAAGGGGUUACUUCUAUUGAUACUCCCAUGGAAUUAAAUGUCAAGCUUCGCAAAGAGGAGGGCGACUUACUUGCUGAUCCCAGUUUAUACAGGAAGUUGAUACCCGUCGCUCCAUCACUGGUUGGUGUGUAUUCUUAG